CAGCCUGGGGGGGAUGUCACCCUCCGAAGCCAUGGUGCUCCAAUGCAAGAACAUUCCAGCCAGUCUUAACAGCAAGGACAUCCUGGGGGAACAUUUCCGCCAGUUCGGACGUGUGCAGCGGAUCUUCUGCAGGCCCCAGAAGAACCUGGCCAUAGUGCACUUCCACGACCAUGCUUCUGCUGCCAAAGCCAAGAAGAAGGGCAAACUGCUGCGCAGGCAUGAGCUCACCAUCUUCUGGCAGAGGAAGAAGCAGAGUCCAGGAGAGAAGGGCCAAAGGCCUCCAGAUGACCCUGAUCCUCAGAGCCAGGCAGGAGGCUUUGAGUCAGCCCCUGUCUGCAAAGCCCUCUCCAAAUCCACCUCCGGCUGGUCCUCCAGCUCAUCCCUAUCCAGAGGGUCACCAGCCAAGAAACCCCUGGCGACAAAGGCCCUGCAGUUUGAGAGUGAGCCGCAGAUGGAGCCCAGCCCAGACGGCCUCGAAUCCGAACAUCUAGCCAGCAGCCUCCCCUCUCCCCUCUUCCACCUGAUUGGCCAGGUAGCUGAAACCGCAGAGGAGAAGUAUCGUCUGCUAGAGCAGCGGGACAAGAUCCUGCGACAGGCUCGGCCCAAGAGGACCAACCUGGAUCUGUCCAAGGUGUUUGUGGGUACGUGUCCUGACAUGUGUCCGGAGAAGGAGCGUUACAUGAGGGAGACCCGGAACCAACUGAGCUCUUUUGAGGUCAUCCCCAACACGGAGAAGGUGGACCACACUGCUGCCAUUAAGGAGUACAGCAGGUCCUCUGCUGACCAGGAGGAGCCCCUCCCCCAUGAACUGCGGCCCCUUACUGUGCUGAACAUGACCAUGAACUACCUGGUUACCCAGGUCAUGGACCAGGGAUAUCACUCAGCAGCACCUGUGCGACCCGCUUACGGUGUCCCUUAUUGAAAAGUGCGCCCGCUUCCACAUCCACUGCGCACACCACCUGUGCCAGGAGCCCAUGAUGUCCUUUGAUGCUAAGAUCAACAAUGAAAACCUGACCAAAUGCCUGCAGAGCCUC